AUGCCGGGCUGUGCAUGGAAGGAGACCCGCCCAGGGCGCUGGGAGCGCCCCCAAAGUUACCUCGAGAAGAUGAACAUACUUACCCGCAAUGUUCCUAAUGCUAUUGGCCGCGAUAACUGGGCCAAAAACGCUGUUGCUAAACUCAAAUUCCACCCCGAUAUCAAGGAUCCCGCUGCCUAUCUUAAAACCGCAUGGAAACAGGUCCGCUACAACCAUCCCGAAAUUGCCGCUUUCCCAUACAACGGCAACUAUGUCUACCGUGUCGGCGACGCCGAGUCCAUCACCUUGUGGGUGUCGGCCACUUUCUCCGUUGCCGAGGGUAAAACAGUGGAUGAACUGUUGGGGCGUAUCCCAAGGAACGAACAGAUGAUGUGCUACUUCCUUCCCGAUACAUCCGAAGUCAUGAUCUGGUCACCACACUACCGCGUCGACGCCCGGGGGGCAAUCUUCUGCCUCAAUCAUCUCGUUGAAUCACUCGCCAACAUGAAUCCAGACUUGGUGUUUGGCGGAUGUGCCAAGAACUUGACUCCCAGCAUGGAGGACACUCUUCACAUCAGUCACGAGAUAACACCCGCCAUUGAAGCUCAGGCAGAGAGCCGGCUCGCUGCUCUUGAGCCACACAAGCCAGCCCUGGAGCUGAAACCAAAGGUCAAAGCUCAGAGGCCGGGAUACACACAAAGACACUUUGUCAAACUCUCCAAGAGCGACACAAAACUUGUCAUGGAUUGCUGUGACAAUGCAGCGCUCGCCUUGGAUGUGGCACUGCAUGCGGCUCUGGUGAACGCGGUAGUAAAACUGGCACCAACUGAAGAAGCGCGGAGCUUCAUGGCUUCAUUCCACUACAAUCUCCGUGUCCUUAUUCCCGAGGGUGAGGCUCCAGAGAACUCGCCAACAAGCUACACGAGCGUGCUUACAACCGAGGUGGUUGUCUCACCGUGGACCGACUUCGACUCGUAUUACGCUCAACUCGCACCAGUCUAUGCCACUGGCUACGCACCGUACUUGGGCUCAUCUCCUUACUUCCACAAGCUUCUUGAACAGAGGUUGACCGACUCAAAUCUCGGAAGCAACGGAGAGACGGACGGGCAGUUGCAGCCGAGGUUUGCUUUCUUGGGAGCCAUUGACGACAAGCUAUCCAGCAACAUUGGUGACGGCCUUGUUCAGGUAGAGGACUUUUGGCUCGGUGCCGAGACGUUAACCCUACGAAUGAUGGUGCACACCUGGAUAUGGCAAGGUCAACUUGUGCUUAGCGUAUGCUACAACCAGAAUUACUGGGAUAAGGAUAUUGCCGAGAGCCUACUCCGGGGAAUGCAGGAGACGCUGAUAGACGUUGCGCUCAGGAAAGGUGUUGGUAAAGUUGGCCUGUAG